AUGGAGCAGUUGCUCUUCGAGGCGGACCUAGGACACACUCGUGAGCUUGGAACACGCCUUCUGGAUCAACCGAGCCGCAGGCAAGACCUUGAUCUGUGGCUGUUCAUUCUCGACAUUAAUCGUCAGCGACGCGGUCUUGAAGGCGUCAAGGCGACAUGGAGAGGUAUGAGGUACCGUGGCAAGAGUCUACGGUUGGACGCAGACAAUGCAAAUGCUCGAGAUCUGAUCGAUGCCUUCAUCUUUACUGGCAUUACAGAGGACCUUGAAUUCCUCAAGGAUGUGUGCAGACUCUGUAUUCAUCGACGCUACCUACCAACCGAGUUAUUCGUCGGCGUAGUAGGAGGCUUGUUGCGGUACAGACCGGAAGAAGCUCCAAGCUUUGCAUUUCAAAUCCGUGAGAAAUGCUACCAAGGGAAGGACGAUCUAUUACGGACGUUUCACAUCGCCUGCGAGUCUGAAUCUGCCGAGGCCCUCAGAUACUUUCGCGGGGUGCGAGACCUCCUGCCGGACACUAAGAUCUACCACGACACGGUCCCUCAUCUUUGGCAGCAAAACAAACCACAAGAAGCUUUCGAGUGGCACCGAUAUCUACUAGCCAAGCGGGACCAACCGAAGACUUUCGACAUACUCCUACCCUUUAUCGGCUAUCUCGCGCAUACAGGUCAAGAGCUCGAGCCGUUCCUGCAUGGUCUGCAAGCUGCAGGUGUAGAAUUUACCAGCCAGGCCCGGCGCGUCUACUGGCGCGAAAGGCAACGAGCUGUACAAGACCACCCCCAUGCCAACGAUUUAAAUUCCCUCAAAGUCUCUGUCGAUUCGCAGCGCAAGCUAAAGGACGAAACAAUUGCCCGCGCCCUCGCCACCUCCUCGUUUUCUUUCGACUUCAUUGUCAACGGAAUCAUCUUCUUGGGCGCCGUCGAAUUCGGUCCCCUUUCUGUCAGGCAGCUUGUCCUCUCCUCACCAGACCUCGCCACCCUGGAAGCACGUUUUGGACGCCUUCGCGAGCUCGAAGUCGACACUGGCUCCUCUGUCUUCGUGAACGUUAUCCGCCGCCUACGAUCCUCGCGCAACUUCGAUCUCAUACGACUCAUGGCCGACUCUGAUAUGCACCACGAUGAGUUCUCGGACCUUGAUCUACAACGCCGCCUUCUCACCACAUAUCAAGCUCGAGGCUCCCUCCCAGACAUAACACGCACCCUUACGAUCCUUAACGGCGGAGAUACUGAUUCAAUUGCUCAAGAGCGAUCUACCAAUUUCCUCCUCCGCAGCGCUAUCAUCCGCCACGAUUGGCGCCUCGUCCUCUCCAUAGUGGACUCACUCCAUCGUACAGGCCACCGCAUCACACUCACUGUCCUAAACCAGCUCAUCGUCACCCUUCUACCGCGCCGUCACGCCAAAGUCCAAUCCAUCCCCACGCCUGACUUCGACACCCUCUCCUACCUCCUCGCCCUCCUCCUCCGCCUCCUCCCCACGACCACCACCAUCUCCCCCUCCCAUUUUCUCCGACCACUCAUCGCACUCGCCUCCCACCACCGCAUCUCCGAGCUCCACUCCCUCUGCACAUUCCUCGCCCACCACUUCAAAUCCUCCAACCGCACGCCAGGCACGGACGCUGACCUAGGCAAGCUCUUUACCUCCCCUUUCCAACGCGCCCUCAUCUCUUGGGACUUCAAGUGCCGCAAGUGGCGCGAUGAACUGUUCUCCAAAACGCCCUCUUCGGUGGCAUCAUCAUCAUCAUCACCCACAUCCCCUCCACCGAAACCCUGGCUCGCCGGCGCGAAGCUCCUACGCCAGUUGCGCGAUGAGUAUGGCGUCAAAGUCGACCUGGCCGACGUGCAGGAAGAGUACCUGUUUCGACUGCGGCAGAUGAGUCGUGCCGAGGGCCGCUGGAAGUUGGUGAGCAAUCGGCAGAGUGCGGCCAUGCGAGGCUAUGGCGUGAGGGAGAUGGUGGAAGGGUGGGCGGCCGUGUGGGACUUGCUGGACGGCGGCGAUAGCGGCGGAGACAUGCCGGACGCGAACGAGCUUACGAGAAAGGUGCGCAAACGAAGAGAAACGCUGGUAGCGAGGCUGGCGAGGGGUUUUGACAGAUUGCGGGGGCCGACUGAAGAUCGGCGUGUUGGGAACGAGAGGCUGCGGAAGAAGAAAAACAGCAGAUACUUGACUGGCCCGCCGCUGAGGAGCGGAUGA